GUCUCAACCUCACCACACGCAAACACGCACGCACGCACGCACAGCCGCAGUUGACUUACACAGUCUGUCUUGACCACAUUCGACGGCAUCGGCCGAUGAUGCUUAGCCUUAGCCUCCGGCUCCGUCCACAUACUUUCCCUCUCCUCUCCCCACUCUCAACCACUUCCCAACCUGCCAAGCGCGCUUCCCUCACCUUCAGGAAUCCCUACUCCUCCUCCCCGAGGAUGUCGUCGUCCUCUGCCUUCCCCCAGCAAGUCAUCGAGCACAUCGUCCUCUUCAAGGUGAGGGAGGGGACGGAGCAGUCCAAGGUCAACGCCAUGAUGAGCGGCCUCAACGGCCUCAACUCCCUCGACCAGGUCCUUUACCUCACCGCCGGCCCCGUCCUCCGCUCCGCUUCAUCCCUCUUCUCCUUCACCCACAUGCUCCACAGCCGCUACUCCACCAAGGACGACCUCAGCGCCUACUCCGCCCACCCGGAACACCUCCGCGUCGUCCGCGAGACCGGUCUCCCCAUCUGCGAGGACAUCAUGGCCGUCGAUUGGAUCGCCGAUGGCUUCUCCGGCCCCCUCGCCCCGCCCCCGGAGUCUGCCCUCAAGGUCAGCUUCCUCAAAUUGAAGGAGGAUCUCGGGGACGCCGUCAAGGAUGAGGUCCUCGGCGUGAUACGGGGGAUCAAGGAUGGCCCGGCUGCAGUCGAGCAGCUCACCUGUGGGGAGAACUUCUCCCCUGCCAGGGCCAAGGGUUUCUCCGUCGCGUCCCUCGCCGUGUUCAAGGGAGUCGCGGAGAUGGAGGCAGCGGAGUCGAACAAGGAGCUCGUGGAAUCCCGCAAGGAGAAGGUCCGGGAGUACCUGGACGGGGUCAUUGUGAUCGAUUUUGUGGUCCCUGGGUCUUCCAGCAACCUUUGAUUCGGCUCCUUGAUCAUCAGCUAAGCUUCUUGAAAGUGUAUGAUUUUAGGGACAGCCUUUGAGCAAUUGAAUGAUGAAUGAUUUAAUCCGAUGGAUGAAGAUUUUCAGUCCUCAAUUCGAUGUGCCUUGGUGCGAAAUAAUCGAUAAUCAUUGCAUUCGUAUUAUAAUGCUUGUGUUUUGUGA